GCGCUGCGCCCCACGCUCACUCGUGCCUCGCCUCGCCUCCCCCACCUACCGCGCUCACUUCCCUCGAGCACCUCGUGCGCGGCGCGGGCGGAGGGCCAUGGAGGAGAGCGGGGCGACGGUGCGGCGGCUGAUGGCGGCGAAGGAGGAGUCCGAGAAGAGCUUCUCGGACGUCGCCGCCGAGACGGGGCUCACCAACGUCUACGUCGCGCAGCUGCUGCGGCGCCAGGCGCAGCUCAAGCCCGACACGGCGCCCGCGCUGAAGGCCGCGCUCCCGGCGCUCACCGACGAGCUCGUGGAACUCAUGAUGCAGCCACCGUUCCGGUCCUACCACCCCGACAUCGUCCACGAGCCCGCCAUCUACAGAUUGAAUGAAGCUGUUAUGCAUUUUGGAGAGAGCAUCAAGGAAAUCAUCAAUGAGGAGUUUGGUGAUGGCAUCAUGUCGGCCAUAGAUUUCUACUGUUCAGUUGACAAGGUUCGAGGCGCUGAUGGAAAAGAUCGUGUGGUGGUCACCUUUGACGGGAAGUAUCUGCCUUACACUGAACAGAAAUCUGAACAUAUGAUGUCAAGGCCGACCCGCAAGACAUCUUGAAAUGGCUGGUGUGGGAGAACUAUGCUGUAGCUACAUGGAGCCACCAUGUAGCAAUGUAUUGCCUUGUCGUACUUUUUUGGGCUAGGAAAAGGAUUGAGCAUGCCUAAUCCUUUUCCUAGACCAAAUGAUCCACAAAAUAAAACGGACCUGUAUUGAUGCACACAUGAACUGCUAAAAGCCAUGUUACAGCUUGGUUCCACCCUUGCUAGCUUUACAGGGUCAACAACACAUGAAUUAUUGCACUGCAUUUGACAGUGCUGGAAUAAAUAAAUAAAAAGUUUGUUUAUUUUGUUG